CGGACCAACAUAUUGCAUCAGCAUUUUAUCAGCCAAAAAAAGCAUUGAUCUUUUUCAGUAUAAGUCAUCAGAUCAUUUCAAUUUAGUAAUUGCAAACAAACUAACAUAAUGACGACCGAAGAAGAAAUCUGCACUAAAAUGGCUGCUCUUUACAUUAGCGAACAUGGUGAUGAUUCUGUUGGUGAUGGAUCACAAUCAAAACCAUUAAAAACAUUACUUGAAGCUAUGCGUCGAGCAAAAACUGAACCAUUUCCACCAUUCUAUACUGAUUCCAUUGCGGAUGAUAAUGAAAAAUCGAAUGAACAAAAAGAAAAAUGGACAUUGGUUAGUCAAUCACAGAUUAAAAAAGUGAAGAAAAUCUGGACAAGAGAUCAAUAUAAAAAUAAAGAUAAAAAUGAAAAGAAAGAAACCGAUGAUCAAGAACGACAAAAACGAUUGGAAGAAUCAAAAGCCAUUCAUAUUGAACAGGAUAUGUCAUUACCUGUUGCCGAACGAAUCAAAAUCAAAGCAGUUAAUUCAAUGCAAAAUAAACGUGUACGAAUAUCUGGUUGGGUACAUCGACUUCGUCGACAAGGUAAAUCUUUGAUGUUCAUCAUACUUCGUGAUGGAUCAGGAUUUCUUCAAUGUGUACUAUCCGAUCAACUUUGUCAAACUUAUGAUGCACUUAUAUUACAAACGGAAGCAUCUGUUACUGUUUAUGGAACAUUACUUGCAUGCGAUAAAGCUAUCGGUGGUAUUGAAUUAAAAUGCGAUUAUUGGGAAUUGAUUGGUAAUGCACCACCAGGUGGUAUCGAUCAUGUUUUGAAUGAAGAAUCACAGGUUGAUGUUCAACUUGAUCAACGACAUUUGAUGCUUCGUGGUGAAAAUCUUUCGAAAAUAAUGACAUUUCGUGCUAUAUUGUUACGUGCAUUUCGUGAUCAUUAUCAAUCACGUAAUCAUACGGAAAUAACUCCACCAACUAUGGUUCAAUCACAAGUUGAAGGUGGUUCAACUUUGUUCAAAUUUGAUUAUUUCGGUGAAGAAGCUUAUCUAACACAAUCAUCACAAUUAUAUUUGGAAACUGUAUUAUCAUCAUUAGGUGAUGCUUAUUGUAUUGCACAAUCAUAUCGUGCUGAAGCUUCACGUACUAGACGUCAUCUUUCCGAAUAUACACAUGUUGAAGCUGAACGUGUAUUCAUUACUUUUGAUGAAUUGCUUGAUUCAAUAGAGGAUUUAAUUGUUGAUGUUAUUGAACGUGUUAUGGCUGAUCCAACUGGAAAAGAAUUACUUUUAUUUUUUAAUCCAGAUUUUAAACCACCGAAAAAACCAUUCAAACGAAUGAACUAUUCGGAUGCAAUUGAAUAUCUAAAAGCUAACGAUAUACGUAAAGAUGAUGGUACAUUCUAUGAAUUUGGUGAAGAUAUACCCGAAAUGCCUGAACGUCGAAUGACAGAUAAAAUUAAUGAACCAAUUAUGUUAUGUCGAUUUCCAGCUGAGAUCAAAUCAUUUUAUAUGCCACGUUGUAAAGAGGAUAAUCGUCUUACAGAAUCUGUUGAUGUAUUAUUACCCGGUGUUGGUGAAAUUGUUGGUGGAUCAAUGAGGAUCUGGAACUAUGAUGAACUAAUUCAAGGAUUUAAACGUGAACAAAUUAAUCCGGAAAAAUAUUAUUGGUACACUGAUCAACGUUUAUUUGGUACAGCACCACAUGGUGGAUAUGGUCUUGGCCUUGAACGUUUUAUAACUUAUCUAUUGAAUCGUUAUCAUAUUCGUGAUGCUACACUUUAUCCAAGAUAUAUUUCACGUUGUACUCCAUAAGACAACAAAAAAAA